UGGCGGGAUAAAGCAGUAUGACUUUUAACUCGACCAUAGCUGUGGACAUAUCAUUGCCUGUUGUCAAAGAUUACGAUGAUUUUAGUGAAAUACAGCCGACGUACAGGAUUGUUAUUGAAAGUGUUUUAUUCGUUCUAAUAUGGAUAACCAGUGUGCUCACGAACAUCCUCGUGUGUGUCGUGAUUUACCGGAGCCGACGGGUGCAGUCAACGACCAAUUACUUCGUCGUGUCUAUGGCCUUUUCGGAUCUUUUACUGACUUUAUUUUGUGUGCCAUUUAUUUUGUCGAGAAUUAUUGCUAAUCGAUGGGUGCUAGGAUCAAUUUUGUGCAGACUUAUUCGAUUUAUUCAAAUUUUAGCGCCGACGACGACGGUGUUUGUGCUAGUGACGAUAUCUGUGGACAGAUUCUAUACAAUAAUUUAUCCGUUAAGUUUUAAAAUUACACGUGGAACAGCGAAACAUUUGAUAUCAGGAUGCUGGUUGUUUUCUUUUAUAUCUAGUGUAUUUUCUAUAUAUUUUUACGAAGCCAGCUAUUACGGGGAUACAUUAGUAUGUCCACCAUUUAUACCAAAUACAAAUCUAGCUAGUGUAAUAUACGGAUCAAGUUUUGUAGCGUUAACUUUCGUCCUUCCCGCCAUAUUUGUUUUGGUUGUGUAUUCAAGAAUCUUCAGAUAUGUUUGGACAACUGGAGUCAGACAGCGUCGUGUAAGACGGACUGAAAACCCCGUGGCAAGAAAUAAAGUGAAAAUGGUAAAGAUGUUGAUAAUUGUCACUGUGUUAACGUACAUAGGCUUCAGCCCACAUUACAUUGUUCAAUUAAGUUUUUCGUUUUUAACAGUUGCGCACAUACAUCCGGCAAUAUUUGUAGCUACAUUUCUACUUUUGUUUUUAACAACGAUUAUGAAACCAUUGAUAUACAUGAUGUACAAUUCUAAUUUCCGACGAGGAUGUCGGGAAGUGUUCUGUAUGUCAAACAUGCGUUGUUACAGGAGUCACACAUACGCCAUAACAACAGCGUCAAAUAUUGGCAAGAAAAAUCACGUGGGAGUCAUGCCGGUGGACACCGGAAAUAGGAUAGCUAUCCAGUCUCCGACGUUUACUUUUAACAGAACUGUGAUAUCUGAGAAAACAGCGUGGCCCGUGUCGGCUAGUAUAUCAACAACAUAUUUAUGAAACAAUAUACAUUUGUGGAACAUUUAUCUGUGAAAUAUUAUUUAUGAAACGUAUUUAUGAACUAAUAUUAUUAAGCAAACCAUAUUUAAGAAAACAAAAUAUAUACAUCUAUCUUAUAAAGAUAAUUCAAAUGGAAUAUUUAACUUAAACGCACAAGAUCACCUAUAUAACAAAGUGGCUUUGGAUUGAUCUUCCAGUGUCAAUACAUUUUCUAUAGUUCAAUUUCUUUUUUAUUAAAGUAUAAGAGUGCCAGAUCAAUUUACAGUGCAAGUAAAAUGCAUGUUAUGAUAUUAAAGAGGAAAUUAUUCGUGCCUUUGACGCUUAAUACCUUACAUUAGUGCCUCAUACCAUAGAUGAAGAGUCCUGUCCCAAAUACUGCAGAACGUCUCUAAAUUCGUGCUAUUUUGUAUGACAAUUUUGAAUUUGUUUUUAAUGAAAAUAUUGUCAUAUCAACAAAUAAAGCGGUUGACAUUGUAGGUAGUCCGAAGGAUGUUGUUGAAAAAAAGUAUAUUGAGUCAUAUUGUAGGUAAAACAUUU